AUGGGUCGAACGCUUGUGUAUCCCAAGCGGAGCUCCAAUACGGUCAGGCGGUACAGCCAGCGAGCAACAUACGAUGUGCGGACAAUUCACUCCAUUAUCAACUCGUCCCAGGUCCUUCAUGUCUCCUUCAGUCCUGGCCCCUCUGACCCGUUUCCGGCUAUCCUCCCGAUGAUAGGACAGAUGGGGAGCUUCGAAUAUCCUUCCGCUGACCUCGGUGAACCGUUGGAUUGCUACCUUCAUGGCUACGUCAGCGCGCGGAUAAUGAACUUGGCCCGCAAUGCGGAAGGAGAGGGUCUGCCUGUCUGUAUAGCGGCCACGAAGGUUGAUGGGCUGGUCCUGGCGCUUACGCCUUUCUCCCACAGUUACAAUUAUCGUUCGGCAAUCCUCCACGGAUAUGCAAAGCUGGUUACUGAUGAAGAAGAAAAACUUUAUGCCAUGAAGUUGAUCACGGACUCGGUUGUUCCCGGCCGAUGGGACAACAGCCGUGUGCCGCCGGAUGGCGGCGAGCUGGCCUCGACAGCUAUUCUGAAGGUCAAGGUCGUCGAUGGCAGUGGCAAGAUCCGCGACGGGGGUGUAUCAGACGAACGCAAGGAUAAGCAGAACGAAGAGACGACUGCUCGUGUCUGGACUGGCGUAGUCCCCGUCUGGGAGACCUUCGGGGAACCCAUUCCAAGUGCUGAAAACAGGGUGAAGGACGUGCCUGAGUAUAUCGCUUCCCAUGUGGCGCGGUCCAAUGACCGGAAUCGCACUUAUGCAGUCGAUGCAGUGAAGGUUGAACCUCCCAAGGAGGAUUGA